UUAUAAACAAAUCCACUAUUAUUUUUUCUUUCCUUGAUUCUUUCACUGAAAAGUUCUGUUCGCGUUACUUCAUUUAGUUACAGUAACAUCUUUUUAUAUUUUAUAAUCCGGUAAAAUGCCACCUAAAGGUGAAAAAAAAGCCAAACCCGCUGCUUCAGGCAGUGGUGGUGGAGAUAAGAAACCAUCAGGUAGUGAAAAGAAGCCUGCUGCUGCUUCAUCUGAAAAAAAACCAGAAAAGAAGCAACCAGCACCUGCUCCUUUACUUGAUACCAAAAAACCUGCUGAAAAGAAAUCUGCAGACAAGAAACCUGCGGCUGAUAAAAAACCAGCUCCCGAAAAGAAAUCUGCCCCUGAAAAGAAACCAGCUCCUGAAAAGAAAGCACCAGCUGAAAAGAAAGCCGCAGACAAAAAAUCUGCACCAGCAGCUGCUGAGAAAAAACCCGCUGAUAAGAAGAAAGAUGAAUCCAAAUCCAAGGCUGAAUCUUCCAAGAAAGCUGAUCAAUCUAAACAGGGUAAGAGUGCAGACAAAGGUACCAAACGACCAUCCACUGAAACUGAAAAACCUGGACCUGCUCCUAAGAAAUCUACAGCUAGCAAAGCUACUGAUAGCAAAUCAAAGAAGGAGCCAGAAAAGGCCAAAAAAGAAGCAACCAAGAAGAAGGCCGCUGAUGCACCAAAAUCUGCCCCAGCCGCUAAGAAAGCAGCAGUUGACCCAGCUGCUCCUAAAGCACCUAAAAAAACUGUAGCCAAAAAGGAUAAGCCCAAGUCAGCAGCUAAAUCUAAAACAGGAGAUAAGAAAGAAACCAAAGCUGCUGAUAAAACCAAGAAACCACUUAAAGGUAAAUCAGCCGCAGCUAAGAAAUUAAUUAAAGGAGCUGCUGCCGCUGCCGCUGCUAAACUUAGGAAAGAAAAGAAAGCUGAUAGUGCCAAGGGUGUUAAAGGAGUCAAGGUUGGAUCAAAACGUGAUGCUGUUAAGAAAGCACUGAAGUCUAAAAUUAGGACUUUGAAAGGACCCCAUGGUACUAGAAUUCGCAAGAUCAGGUAUUCUGUCCAUUUCCGUCGUCCCAAGACUUUCCAACCUCCAAGGAACCCAAAAUACCCAAGGAAAUCUGUUCCCAAGAGAAAUAGGAUGGAUGCUUUCAAUAUAAUCAAAUUCCCCUUGACAACUGAAUCUGCAAUGAAAAAAAUUGAAGACAACAACACCUUAGUCUUUAUUGUACAUUUACGUGCCAAUAAGCACCAUGUAAAAGCUGCAGUUAAGAAGAUGUACGAUAUCAAUGUGGCCAAAGUCAACACUUUGAUCAGGCCCGACGGUAAAAAGAAGGCGUAUGUACGAUUAGCACGGGAUUAUGAUGCAUUGGAUGUUGCGAACAAAAUUGGUAUCAUAUAAACGCCUGAUUGUUUCAUAUUUACUUUUAUUUUAAUAAAAUAAAAAAAAAACUUAAAAAAUCCAAA